AUUACUAUUCCUAUUAUUAUUAUUAUGAUUAUUAUUCCUUUUAUUUAACCAAAAAAAAAAAAGAAAAAAAAAACCAGAGAGAGAAGAAGAAGAAGAAGAAAAUCGCUAUUACGUCUUUCUCUCUUUCUUCUCUGGUGAAGUUUUUUUUUUUUUCUUUCUUUCUUCAACCCCUUUUCCUUCUUUGCUAAUUGCUUGGCUCAGAAGGGAAAGAGGGGAGAGAAAGACACCGAACCCAACGAAAAAGGAAACCCCUUUCCUAAGACUAACAACAUACCGAUCUGCUUAUUGUUAUUAUUGAUUCAUUCAUUGAUUGUUAUAUAAACAAUUUAACACGGUUAUUGAGUGAAAAAAGUUUCCGACUUUUGUCUGUUUUUGCCUACUUUUGGGGAGAAAUUUUUAUUGAGUUUCUGUUCUGUUAAGAUGUUGGUGGCCAAUAGCUUUGAUCUAUGGCAGAAAGAUGCUUUCUUCUCUGCUGCAGAGGAGGUUCAAGAAUCUGCUGAUAUAAUGGAAUCAGCAUACAGAACAUGGAUCAGAGAAAGGAGGGAAAGACCAGCAAUGGAGAAUCUUGAUGAGCUAUGUAGAGAGCUCCAAACUGCUUUAGGUACUGCUAAAUGGCAGUUAGAAGAGUUUGAGAGGGCUGUCAGAUUGAGCUAUGGACAUCGUGGUGAAGAUCAUUCAACUGCUAGACAUAGUCAAUUUGUUGCUGCCAUUGAAAGUCAAAUUUCCCGUGUGGAAUCAGCUUUAAGAGAAUCGUAUAUUGAACAAGGAAAGCAACCUCUUAGAUGGGUUAACCUUGAUGAAGACGAACGUGAUGAUUUAGCUGCGUUUCUCUCUGGAACAACUACCCAAAUUGCAGAAAGUGACAAAAAUGAAUCGCUAGAAUCGAGACCUUACUCGAUGUCUACCUUCUUGGAAAAUCAAAAUAAGGGAAAAGCUGCAAGUCUUGAACCUAAUAAUGCUUCCAGCCAAAGAGAUACCUUGGAAAUAGUUUGUGUUAAAGAUGAAUUGGAUUUGAAAAAGGAUGUCAACUAUGCCAUGGAGGUGGAAAACGCGGGGUCAAGGAACGAUGUUAUUUGCCAAGCAGAAAGAACAGCUAAUACAAGAAGAACAUGGAGUACACCGAAUUUCGGUGCUUUGAAGAUUGUAAUAGCAGAUGAAUGUCAAGAUAAUAAUAGAUUGAUGUCGGAAUAUGAGAGCACACCUAAAGAAAAGGGGUCUAAGCUUGUUUUCUGGAAGAAAAAGUCUUCAGAUCUUUCCCAGGCAAAUGGAGCAGUUAGUCUGUUGAACCAGCUUUAUGGUUGGGUUAUUGGGUCACAGAGGCAAUUGCAGAAUUCACCUCGGUUACAUUAUGGUCGAUCGAUUCAAGUAACACUUGUGUUAAUGCUGACUAUAUUUUUGAUCGUACCAUUUCUAGUUUAUUCAAAUUGAAAUGAAGCUGUGCUUUUGCUGCAUCUGGAAUCAGAUACAGAUGUCGGGUAUUGAAUGAAGCUGUUCAGAAUCGGGAAUUGCCUAACGACGAGGACAGUCCUCCUCGUCACCUUAAAAAAUAUUCCGGCUGUUCAGGGAAGGAGGGGCUUUCGGCGGUACAAACUAUUUCCCAGAAAGUUGUAUGAGUGAGAAAGGCAACAGGUUUCUUGGUGCCACAAAAGUGUAAAUGUUAUUAUUCUCAUAUAUAUAUAUAUAUGAUAUAUUUAUAUGUAGUUUUCAUUUGAAGAAUAAUGUUUUCUAUAGUAUAUAUACGUAGCAUAUCAUAUUUGGAUUAUUAUUAAGGUUUGAACCAAGAAAAGAAAACAUGCAAUACCAUUCCUGAAUUAAUGAAGAUGUACCAUACGAUCUCAUAUACAAACCAGUUUUAUGGGUAUUAAUUAAAAGUAAUUAAUUGUUUUUUUUUUUU